AUGCUGGUGAUGCACUUGGACUGGUCAGGUGGACCAGAAAACCUUUUCUAUGUGAAAGAUGUGGCCAAACCAAGCCCAGGAGAUGGUGAAGACCUCCUGAAGGUGACUGCCAGCACCCUAAACAGGGCAGGCUUACUGCAGCGACUGAGCCAGCAUGUCGCACCCCCAGGAGCCAGUAGCAUUUUGGAACUUGAGGCAUUGGGACAUGUGGUUGAGCUGGAGCCUGGCUGCUAGGGACACAGGAAGACUAGAGUUUUGGCCAUGGCUCUGCUGCCUGGUGGAAGCCAAGCUCAGUACCUCGCUGUCCCUGAAGAUCUCCUUGUACCUAUCCCAGACUGAGUGUCUCAAGCAGCAGCCAUCCCAGAGGUCUGGAUUACAGCCUUUCAGAUUUUCCACAGUUUCUCUGCUUUCCAUCCCAGGCCAUGUUCAGCCGGAGGCUUUGUGCUGAUCCAUGGAGCAAGUGGCGUGGGCACAGCUGUCAUCCAGCUGGCUUGGGGUGCUGGCACUGUACCUCUGGUUAGAGCUGGCUUCCAGCAUAAGCUUCAAAUGGCAAGGAAGCUCAUGGCUGCAGCUGGAUUCAGCUAUAGAGAAGAUUUUCCUGAAGCAACUCUAAGAUUCACUAAAGGUAAGGCACUUGCAGCACAGCAGGCACCGAAAGACGAUGCAGCACAGACUAAUCUAGAGAUGGUCAAAAGGGGGCCCCGAGAGAAGAAUAUCAACUGCCCGGCUCUUGAUGGUCACUGGGCUCUCUGUGGUUUAAUAGGAGGAGCUGUUGUUAGUUAGUGGGCUCUGUUUUUAGAACUACUUUUUAAAUGAGGAAGUCCGAUCACUAGUUUACUUCAAUCUAGGGAUAAUGAGGUGGGUUUACAAACACUGGCGAAAACUUUCACAGAGCAGAUUCCGCCCUUCUCUGCAAACAGCCCCCAACGUCUGCUGCCGGUUCUGGAUAGAGUCUACCCGGCAACUUAUAUUCAAGUGGAAUAUGUAGAGGCUAACAGGAAAGUGGGCAAAACCGUCUUGGAGCUGCCCGAGUGA